AUGGUUUCUCUCCUCUUCUCCCUUUUCUUCUUUCCUCUCCAAUCCCUCUGCCAACAGCCUUACAUUGGAAAUCAAACCAAUUGUUCUAUGAAUGAUACUUCAACUUCCAAAGGUUACAUUUGCACUGAUUCCAUUUUCUCGUGUCAAUCCUAUUUGAUCUUCAGAUCCGACUCUCUAUUAUCUUAUGACUUGUAUCUCUUAAAUUUUACAUUGGGGAAAAAUACUUUGUUUAGAACUACCGCUGACUGUGGAUGUUGGGGUCUGUACUAUCACUAUAUCGCGUAUUACACUAUUAAAAAAGGCGAUAGUUAUGAAAAGAUAGUGAAUGAUAUUUUUCAAGGCUUCACGAGCUGCUCGGUGCUUAGAAGUGUGAGCCUCGAUUAUGCUAUUGAUAAUACUUCUUCGGUGGGCCGAAGGCUCCAAGUUCCCUUGGGAUGUGCUUGUCCUACGAAAGCUCAAAAGGCUAAGGGAGUUGAGUUCUUGGCUGUGUAUAUGCUGCAGCCAAACGAGAGCAUUGGAUCCGUUGCGAGGGAUUUUGGGGUUGAGGAAGAAGGCAUUUUGGAAGCGAAUAUGCUUUCGAUGUCGAGCCAAACCUUCCCAUUUACGCCUAUUUUGAUUCCAUUGAACAAAAAUGUGACUUGCAGGAUAGACCCUUCUUCAUACUACGACUGCAAUGCCAUUCCUCCUCCUACAAGCAAUGACAAUGACUAUAUUUUGUACAUCGUCUUGAUUGCAAUUGGAGGUGUGAUAGUAUUAGUAAGUUGUUUCUUUUGCGGAUGCAAAGGACAUCAACUACUGCUCCGGAAAAGAAGACGUAAGCUUCAUACGAAAAAGUUUUUCAGGCAAAAUGGUGGCCUCUUAUUGCAACAAAAACUACUUGAAAAUAGCGAGAGAGUAAAAAUAUUUACACACGAAGAACUUGAACAAGCAACGGAUAACUACAACGAAAGUAGAUUUCUUGGUCAAGGAGGGUAUGGCACAGUUUACAAAGGAAUGCUCAAUGACAACACUAUUGUUGCAAUCAAAAGGUCAAACCAAAUUGAAGCAAACUGGAUCGACCAAUUCAUUAAUGAAGUCAUUAUACUUUCUCAAAUUAACCACAGAAACAUUGUUAGGCUUCUGGGUUGUUGUUUAGAAACUGAGCAUCCGUUGCUGGUUUAUGAAUUUGUUUCGAAUGGGACGCUUUCUCACCACAUUAACCAGAAAGAUCAUGGAGAAUCACCUUCUCUUUCUUGGGAAACUCGUCUAAGAAUUGCAUCUGAAGUUGCAGGAGCUAUAUCUUACAUGCAUUCUACGGCUUCAACUCAAAUUUUUCACAAAGAUAUCAAGUCUUUAAAUAUACUUUUGGAUGACAAUUAUCAUACAAAAGUUUCUGAUUUUGGAACAUCAAGAUUUGUGUCAAGUGAUCAGUCUCACCUUACUACGAAAGUGCAAGGAACUUUUGGAUACAUUGAUCCUGAGUACUUCAGAUCAAGUCAUUACACUGAAAAAAGUGACGUUUAUAACUUUGGAGUCUUAAUGGUAGAGCUUUUAACUGGAAAGUCACCCGUCACAUUUGCAAAACAUGAAGGCAGGAAUCUAUUAGAAUACUUCAUUUCAUUGGAAAAGGCAAAUCAACUUGUUGAAAUUCUAGAUAUUGCAGUAGCCAAGGAAGAAAAGAUGGAGGUUGUUAAUGCUGUCGCAAAACUUACAACUAAAUGUUUAAGAUCCAAUGGGAAAGAGAGGCCUACCAUGAAACAUGUAUAUUUGGAACUAGAAAGAUCGAGGAAGCCUCAAAAUUGUUUAGCAAUUAUUGAAGAAAGUCAAUCAAUUACAACUUAUUCAUUGCUCUCUUAGGGUCUAGUGAUGAUGAGCUUCCAAGAUGACAGCACUAUCCUAUCCAUUGAAACUUAAUACUACAUGACCAUAUAAAACCUCGGGAUUUUAUGUUUAUAUAUGUUGGUCUCUAAAUAAUCUCUUAGUUUUUGUAAGCUUUGUGUAUAAACAUUUAUUGGCUGGUUUUAUUAUCUUUAUUAUCAUCUUCUUACUUGUAAUUAUUGUAUUAUUCUUGUAAUAUUUACCGUGGUUGAAUACAACAGAAACUAUGGGUAAAAGAGAGUACUUCGGUAAAGAGUUAGUUAUUAGGCUAAAGCUCUUUAAAUAGCUCAUUAUGUACUUCUGGA